GAAUACAAAGCAGAUAUUAUCAAGCCGAGACGAAUCACAGCCGAUAUCAAACGGGAAGGUCCUCAUUCUUUUUCAUCGUUUAGUGUUACUUUAUAACAUCCGGUUUGAGUGGGCUGUACUAGCUUGUGACCAUUGGAUGAUUGGUAGGGGCAUUGGACUUGUUUUCGUUUUCAGUUAUUCUACUCUACGUGGAGAUGUCAGCAGAUAAACUAUUCAAACAAAUAGAUGACAAUCAAGAGAAAUAUGUGAAGAGGUUAGCUGAUACAGUUGCUAUCAAAAGUGUGUCAGCAUGGCCGGAGACACGCCCAGAUAUCACCACAAUGAUAGAGUGGACCAAAGUCGGAUUCGAGAAGCUGGGAGCCAAAACUGAGUUGGCGGAUAUAGGGGAGCAGGUUUUACCAGAUGGAUCCAAGCUUCCUUUGCCCCCAAUUCUGAUGGGAACGCUCGGAAAUGACCCCAAGAAGAAGACACUUCUGGUUUACGGUCAUCUGGAUGUACAACCAGCAAAACAGGAGGAUGGUUGGGAUACAGAUCCAUUUGUCCUGACGGAGAAGGACGGCAAAUUGUACGGCAGAGGAAGUACCGACGACAAGGGACCAGUGUUGGCUUGGUUGAACUGUAUUGAGGCCAUGCAGGAAAUUGGAAUGGAUAUUCCCAUUAAUCUCAAGUUUCUAUUUGAGGGAAUGGAAGAAUCCGGAUCGGAAGGUCUGGAUGAACUUGUCUUCUCCAAGAAAGACACCUUCCUAAAGGAUGUAGACUUUGUGUGCAUCUCAGACAACUACUGGCUCGGCAAGAAAAAGCCAUGUUUGACCUAUGGUCUCAGAGGGAUCUGCUAUUUCUUCCUGGAGAUUGAAUGCUCCACCAAGGACCUACACUCCGGUGUGUUUGGGGGCACUGUACAUGAAGGAAUGGCUGACCUUAUUGCACUCCUGGACACUCUGGUCGACAACAAAGGACGUAUCCUGAUCCCUGGGAUUAAUGACUCUGUGGCCAAACUGACAGACGAGGAAAAGAAGCUGUAUGAACCCAUCGACUUUGAUCCAGAGGAGUAUAAAAAAGAUGUUGGAGUGACAGCCUUAAUCCACGAUAAGAAGGAUGACAUAUUGAUGCAUCGUUGGAGGUACCCCUCUCUCUCCAUCCAUGGAAUUGAGGGAGCUUUCAGCGAAUCCGGAGCUAAGACAGUCAUUCCUAGGAAGGUGAUCGGAAAGUUCUCCGUCCGGCUUGUUCCAGAUCAGCAUCCGGACGAGAUAGAGAAACUCGUCAAAGAACACAUACAGCAGAAGUUCAAAGAAAGGAAUAGUCCCAACAAAAUUAAAGUCUCAAUGGGUCAUGGAGGAAAGCCUUGGGUCAGUGACUUCAAUGAUCCAAACUACAUAGCCGGCAGAAAGGCGAUGAAAACAGUUUUUGGGGUGGAACCGGAUUUAACCAGAGAGGGAGGAAGUAUUCCAGUGACCUUGACCUUUCAGGAGGCGACUGGUAAGAACGUGAUGUUACUUCCGAUCGGAGCGUGUGAUGAUGGCGCUCACUCCCAGAACGAGAAGAUCGACAGGUCCAACUACAUUAACGGGACCAAGGUGUUGGGAGCCUAUAUGAUGGAGCUUGCCUCUCUCUAAACAGAAGAUGUCUUGCUGUGAUGAGCUGAGAAACAAACUUCUGUUGUGUGCCAUAAUCAUAAAACAUAUAUAAAUACCAUAGACUUGUGAUCAGAGUGUAACAGGAAACAAAUGUCCACCAAUGUAACAUUGAGACUCAUACAAUUUUGAUGAUUUAUUGUGAUAUUGUACAAAAAGAUAAAUAAACUCUGUGAUUUUUUUUUCAAUAAAGCAUUUUAGUAUGGUG